AUGACUGGCCUCCACGACAAGCGCGCCACCACCGAAUCCCGGAGAUCCAAGCGCCUUGAGCGCUCCAAGCCCGAGGCGGCGGCGCCUCCGGCACGCCGGGCCAGGCACGCCGAGGGUCUGGUUCCUCCGCGCAAGCGCGAGUCCCACGUCCCCGCUGCGAGGGUUGCGACACCACCUUCACCCCCUUACGGCGAUCGGGACCCCGGUGAUGUGACCGUGGCUCCUCCUCCGGCUCCCCGUGCUGAGGCCCCGGCUCCUCCGCCUAAGCGCUUUGGCUGCGGUCGCGUUAUUCUGCCUCGCACCGCAUACGCACUCCGCAACCGCCUCGUCCCGGACACCAGCAAGCCCAAGCCCAUGCCCACCCCCCAGCGCGACGAGAUAAUAAGGGAAGAACGUAAGCGUGGUCAAACAUGGCAAACUCCAAUGUGUGCACGUGUGGGUUUGGAAUACUACAACAGCAUGAAUCAGGACGAUGAGCAUGAGCUGGUUAAAGCAGUAAGCAGCAAUGCCUUUGUCUUCAAUGGUAUCUGGUUUCAUGCAAAUUUCCUUGCUAAGCGUAAAGGAGCUACCAACUGUGUUGAUCUUGUCCCCAAGUACUUCUUUGCUGAAUUGGUAGGCUGCAGUGGCGGCCAUUCUUGUGUUUCAUGUGUUAAGCUUGCGCCAGGUGAUCCCAAAAACAUUGGUGGCUGUAGUCUGUGCUCUGAAAAGAUGAUGCAUCCUGCUGGUGGUGGAUAUCAUGGUGCCCAACCUCGACCUGUUCGACAUGCUCCUGAUGGUCUACAGAUUUCAUUUAGUUUCUGAAUGUCAGAAGUUCUAGAAUCUGGUGUCCAUUACUAUCGUAAUAUGGAUGAAAGAAAAACAAAUCAUGUUUAUUGUUGUAUUGUGAUCCAAAUUCAUAUACUAAAGGGAGGCUAACUUCUGACGAGCGGAGCGAGGCCCGUCGCCGGA